AAUAUUAUUCUUAUGCAUAUCUAUGUCGUACGGAACCCGAUUUUCCGUCACAAAUACAAAUAUCCCACAAUCUGUCACUAUAAGUACCCAUCCAUAUUCACAACUAAUUCCAUACCCACAAAAUUAAUCAACCCUUCGAUCAAUCUCCUGCAUUCUUUAAUUCACAAACGCAACAACUAGUCAUGGCGGAUGCAGGUGUGAUCAUGUCAGACACUGCACCCAUGAUCAGAUCACGUAACGCGAAAAGAUUGACGACAGAAAACAAUAUUUACCUGCGAAAGAUCAGAACUUGCGAACGAGAAGUUAAGAUUCUUUCGUGACAUGGAGUUACGUGAACAAGAAACAAACAAGUCAAACCCUAAAUCCGUCCGUACAGCCGGGAAGAACAAAAGAUAUCAAAGCGUAAACGGGCACCAUCCACCGGAAAAGCCCGUAGUAAGAAAAGAAAAGUACCAAAGAAGGCCGAAGAGAAGCCGGUGGUGGUGAACGAGAUAACGGAGCGGUUGAAAGAGUUUAUUGUGAAUGAGAUGAAGGGUACGGAUGUGAGAGUUGUGAUACAGAAGAAGUUGUUUGAUUCGGAUACUAGGCAUGGGUUAAACAGGUUGAACAUGCCGGUUAACCAACUGCAGACAAAUGAGUUCUUGACGGUGGAUGAGAAGGAACAUCUUAGAAAAGGAAAAGGAAACCAGAUUGAGGUUCGGUUGUUGGGGCCAACGUUGGAGAUCUACAAGGAUCCGAUGAAUUUGAGGUGGUGGCCGAUGGAAAGCUCUGAAAAUUAUGUGUUUGCGACUAACUGGUAUAGGUUUUGGUCGACGAAUAAGUUGCAUUUGAAGAGAGACUCGAAUGUUCAAGUGUGGUCGUUUCGUGGAUCGGAUCAGAAGUUGUGUUUUGCUGUUGUUUGUGUGGAGGAACCGGUUGUUGAAGUCGUUGAGGAUGCCUGCAUUAUGUUUAUGUUUAUUUACCAUUCAUGUGUUUUGUUGAAUAUUUAGAUUUUGUUGAUCAUUUAGUUUUGAAAUGUACAUGCUCUUGAGGAGGAAAGUAUAUGUAAGAGCUUAUUAUGGUGUGAUUUACAUUGGUUAUAUUGUGUGAAGUUGAUGCAAAUGUUAUUAAAUAUUAAA